GCCACUAGUCGAACUCUCCGACGAGUACAACGUAAGGCUUGACCUCAGAAACCAGAGGACGGCAUGUUGAAUCCAUAGUAGACUAUCCACGUUAUUUUUCAAAUAUUUUAAACCACGAUAACUAAGUGCAAAAGUAACGCGGUGGAUCCAAAACUUUGCACUGAAUUAUCCGGUUCCGAAUCAGAAAAAAAUCGAUCUCGAUCUAUCGAAUAAAUCGCCGGCUGAAUUACGGAAUUCCGAUGCCAGAUCCAAUAAUAAAUAACAUCGCGAGUUACCGUGCUCAUAAUAUAUGUAUAUAGUGAGCGUGUAAAGCGUAAACACACGUGUAGUGUCGGGAAAGAAUUUCUUCCGUAUUGUUAACGUGGAAACGGAUACAUUUGCCUCAAGAUCUGGUUGACGUGAUAAAAUUAUUAACGACGAUCUUCAUGUGCUCGUUACGUUCGUAAUUUGACGAUAAGCCGGGGAGUCGGUUAGAGAAUCAAAAAUUCCAUAUCGUAUACUAGGGAAUGGGAACCAGAACCAUAGCCGUUGGAGCGGCUGCGGGAGCAGCGGGAGUUUCGGGAGAAGCGGGACUCGCGGGUGUACCGAGACUCCUUGAAGAUUUGGCACGAUUAUCGGAAGACACGGAAUCAGCGGAUAUUGUAUUUUUACUGGGGAGAGAAGACACCCCAGUUUACGCACACAGGAUCAUACUUCAGGCCAGAUGCAAAAAUUUCACCACCACAAAAAGAAUGGGAAGUCCAGGAAAUCCGACACCCGUUAGAAUGCCACACGCACAUCCCGAAACUUUCCGCCAAUUUGUCAAUUACGUUUACACAGGAAAGAUCAUGCUCCAGGACAGUGGAAUAUUUGAGAUGUUGGGUCUCGCGCAAGAAUUGGGCGUCGAAGAGCUUUGGCGAAGUUGCGAGGAACACGUUUCAGCUACUCUAAGCCCUGGUAAUGCAUGCGCCCUUUUGACCGCAGCCCUAGACGCGCAGGAUCGGGUACCAGGUGGAAAAGGAGCUUGUUCGUCGUUUAUAGAUCGUUGCUUUGCUUUUAUUGGUGAAAAUGCAGUUGAAACAGUCAAAACUACUUCAUUUUGUACAUUGCCAAAAGAUGCAUUGGUAAAAUUGAUUUCCUCCGACUACCUCGGACUAGAGGAAGAAGAUGUCUGGAGGGCGGUUUUAAACUGGGCAAAGUACCAGGCAGGCGUAACACAACCAACUCAACACUGGACCGAAGAAGAACGAGCGCGAGUUUGUCAGCAUUUAUCUGGUGUGAUUAAUCACGUUCGUUUGUUGCUAAUAGACAGCCAAGUAUUCGCUGAAGAAGUCGAACCAACAGGAGCAGUUCCAAUGGAACUCUCUUUGGAGAGGUAUAGAUUCGCAGCGUUGCCGAAUAAGUAUUCUGAAAUUUGUUCGGAUAAAAGGUUACAGCCGAGAGUAAGCGUGGUUCUAUUUCCUGGAUCUCAAAUUUUGGCACGUGACAAAAUAGGCUUUCAACGACUUUUGAAUCAGUGGUACGGACUGUCUAAGCAAACCUGGAGACUCAUCUACAGGGCAUCGAGUCAUGGCUACUCAGCGGCUGCUUUCCAUCGACAUUGUGACGGCGUUUCCCCCACUUACGUAAUAGCUCUAGGUAGUCGCGGUGAGAUUUGUGGUGGUUACAGCGACGUACCGUGGGGUAAAACCAGCGCUAAAGGUCAUUAUACCUCAUCAGAAAAAGCCUUCAUAUUUACUCUAACGAACAGCCAAGAUGUUCCGCCAACAAAAUACGACAUAGUAAAAAAACCGUUCGCAAUUUGCUAUCAUCCAGAGAUCGGUCCUAUAUUUGGUGCCGGUGCAGACCUUCUCAUCGCCAGUAACUGUAACACCAACACUGAUAGCUACAGCAAUUUACCUCACAGUUAUGACGGCGAGCACGCAUCGAGUAGCGUAUUAAUGGGCGAUUAUCACUUUUCAGUUUUGGAUUACGAAGUCUUUACACCGAAUCACGUUAGCGUUAAAUAACCAUCAGUUUUCCCGCUCCGUAUUAAAGAACGUGGUAUAGUCUAACCCUGGGUCGGUACUACGUUCCCGAACUCACCGUCGACAAAUCUGACUACCGCUUUGCCCGGUGUUUACGCAGCGACUGAACCGGAGUUGUUGUUAUCGUUGACCGCUCUCAAGUACGCAGCGAAGUUUGCGAAGUUCCUCGAUAGGUAUCUACAUAACAGAAUAACAUCACCCUCUGUUUCCAUUGUAAAAGUAAGAUGAUUUGCACGAUUCUGAAACGAGUUUCAUUGAUACUUGCAAUCUAUUUUUCAUCGAAUAAUUUAGCUAAUUAAGUUUAAAAAUAGUUUAGAAAUUUGCCAAUAUAUCUUCAACGUUGUAAAUAUUCGAUUGUAUCACCUAUUUUCUUACCUUCAAAUAAAUAAAUGGCUUAUUCCCGGCCGUAAUAACAGUAAUUGCAUCGCCAUCCCAUCAUCAGCUGUCUACGUAUCCUGUAUCCUAAACUUGAAAAUAAAUGGAAGUAAAUCAAUAUAGAUCCUACGUGAGAACCGAAUCAAAAGUUAAAUUAUAAUUAUUCUGCUUGUGCGCAGUACACGCGUUCAUAAUAGUUGUUUCUAAUUAAUUGGUCCGAAGAUGCACCGCUUCGGCCAUUAAAAAUUCAACCAGAAGAGAA